UCAAAUCUUUAUUAUUAAAAUCAUUAAUUGUCAUAUAUAUAUUAGUCAUUUAUGGUAAUUUCGUAGGUUUUAUUUAAAGAAAGAAAAUAUCAUAUCAUAUCAUUAUAUCAUAUAGUUUGACCAACUUAUGUAUCUAACAACAUAUAAAAAUCGAAUGUGGACCUACUUAUUUUUCAAUUGAAUAUAAUUGAUUAUCUAAUUGAGUGUCACAUAUGCAUUAGGGUCUCUUUUAAUUAAUACAAAAUUGAGCUUACAUCUUUUCAAAUGUUCCUUAAUUAACAUACGAGGGAUUAAAAAAAGCCCUAAUUCUGUAGAAUCAUACGAUUUGUAUAGAAAGCUGAUUCAUAUCCAGCUUCUUCACUCGCUAUUAUUAAUAUUCCUCUUUCUUUCUGGAAUUUGGGGUUGAUUUUGGAUCAAAUAUUGGGGAUGGCAUCGGCGGCGUCAGGGAAGGUGGAGAAGGGGCACCAGCUCUACAGGGACGGCAAGUACAAGGAAGCUCUUCUCUUCUACACUGAGGCUCUCUCGGCGGCUAAGUCCAAGUCCCAGAAGAUCGCUCUUCACAGCAACCGCGCCGCCUGUUAUUUGAAAUUGCACGAUUUCAAACAGGCAGCAGAAGAAUGCACUUGGGUGCUGGAGCUUGAUCAGAAACACAGCGGUGCAUUGAUGCUCAGGGCCCAGACUUUAGUCACUCUUAAAGAUUACCAUUCCGCUCUCUUUGAUGUCACCAGGCUCUUGGACUUGAACCCUGAUUCUGAUGUUUACCAAAACCUCGAGGCUCGCUUGCGGACGCAGUUGUCCCUUGCUCCAAUUCCUGAAUCUGAAGCAGAGUUGGAAGAUGAAGAUGAAGCACAACAAGACACAGAUGAACAGUCAACUAGGAAAGAUGAGAGUAGGUUUGAGUCAUUAGUUUCCAUCACAAGAGAUGUAAGAAACAAGGGGGAAGAAAUUGUUGCUCCUAAAACACCUGAGGUUAGAGAAGACAAGAGCAAGGAAAAUGGGUCAUUGUCCAACGCAUGGCAAGCCAUCCCUAAGCCCAAGGGUCAUUCCACACUCGAUUAUGCCCGUUGGAAUACAGUUCAAAACGACGACUCCAGUGAAGAUGAUGACAGCGAUGAAGACAGUGACGAGGACGAUCAGCCUCAGUACAGAUUCCGUGUUAGAACCGUCGGUGUGCGUCCUGUGAAGUGAAAAAAAAAGGUGUAGAUUCAUAGGGACGUGUAUGGUUUCUUUCAUUGUUGUUGUUGCACACUAAGAGCCGUGAAAAGAGAAAAACCAUAAGAGAGCAGCAGACUGUUCAUGUCCUGUGAAGUAGUGAUGUUAUACAUAUUCGUUCAGAAAACACAUGUAUAAGUCUAGAUGUGAUGUCACAGUUGUAUACAAUAGGACCAUUAUCAAAUGAAAUGGUGCCUUCAUCUCUUGAUCAUGGCAGUUUCAAUAUACAACAUUAUACACUUUCUGUACAAUUGAUGUUUUCUUUUGUUUUCA